AGGGGGGUCCCGUGGGCGGGUCCAAUCAUCCAGAGCCUCGUGGAGGCUGAGAUUGCUUCACCUAUGGUAUCAGACAGAAUAACAUGGGGCUCACCAAGCAGUACCUACGCUAUGUGGCUAGUGCGGUCUUUGGCCUGAUUGGCAGCCAAAAAGGUAAUAUUGUUUUUGUGACACUUCGUGGUGAAAAAGGACGCUAUGUGGCAGUGCCAGCCUGUGAACAUGUUUUCAUCUGGGAUUUAAGAAAAGGAGAGAAGAUCCUCAUCCUUCAGGGGCUUAAACAAGAGGUCACUUGCUUGUGCCCUUCCCCAGAUGGGCUACACUUAGCUGUUGGCUAUGAGGAUGGGUCUAUUCGAAUCUUCAGUCUCCUCAGUGGGGAAGGAAAUGUGACCUUCAAUGGACACAAAGCCGCUAUCACUACCCUGAAGUAUGAUCAGCUAGGAGGCAGACUGGCAUCUGGGUCCAAGGACACAGAUAUUAUUGUGUGGGAUGUGAUCAAUGAAAGUGGCCUCUACCGUCUAAAGGGACACAAAGAUGCCAUCACACAAGCAUUGUUUCUGCGAGAAAAGAAUCUGCUAGUUACUAGUGGGAAAGAUACCAUGGUGAAAUGGUGGGACCUUGACACCCAACACUGCUUCAAAACAAUGGUUGGCCACCGAACUGAGGUAUGGGGGUUGGUUUUGGCGUCAGAAGAAAAGCGAAUUAUCACUGGGGCUUCAGACAGUGAACUGAGGGCUUGGGACAUACGCUAUCUGCAAGAGAUUGAAGACCCGGAAGAACCAGAGCCCAAGAAAAUCAAAGGGUCUUCUCCUGGAAUACAGGACUCACUUGAAACAGAGGAUGGUACCCUUGAAAUAGAUGAAGCUCCUGAGGAUCGCAUUCUUUCAUGCAGAAAAGUUGGCUCCAUAAUUCGGGAAGGAAGAGACAGAGUUGUGAAUCUUGCAGUUGACAAAACAGGCAGGAUUCUCGCUUGUCAUGGAACUGAUUCUGUGUUAGAAGUGUUUUGUAUCCUUUCCAAAGAGGAAAUUCAGAAGAAAAUGGAUAAGAAGAUGAAGAAAGCUAAAAAGAAAGCCAAAUUAAAUUCUUGCAAAAGGGAGGAGGAAGACCUUGAAAUCAAUGUUGAAGUGACUCUGCAAGAUGAAAUCCAGCGGGUGACUAAUAUCAAAACUUCUGCCAAAAUCAAAUCCUUUGACUUGAUUCAUUCACCUCAAGGAGAGUUAAAGGCUGUCUUCCUGCUGCAAAACAAUCUGGUGGAAUUAUAUUCAAUGAAUCCAUGCUUGCCUACUCCUCAGCCUGUCAGGGCAAGCAGAAUCACCAUUGGGGGCCAUCGCAGUGAUGUCCGGACUCUGUCAUUCAGCUCAGACAAUAUUGCUGUCCUUUCAGCAGCAGCUGAUUCCAUUAAAGUAUGGAACAGGUCUACACUGCAGUGUAUUCGCACAAUGACCUGUGAAUAUGCGCUUUGCUCAUUUUUUGUACCUGGAGAUAGGCAGGUGGUCAUAGGAACAAAGACAGGGAAGCUGCAGCUUUAUGAUUUGGCCUCAGGAAAUCUGCUAGAAAUGAUAGAUGCACAUGAUGGAGCUUUAUGGUCCAUGUCACUCUCUCCAGAUCAGCGUGGCUUUGUGACAGGUGGUGCAGAUAAAUCUGUCAAGUUCUGGGAUUUUGAGUUGGUCAAAGAUGAAAAUAGUGCCCAAAAGAGACUCUCUGUGAAGCAAACUCGAACCUUGCAACUAGAUGAAGAUGUUCUAUGUGUCAGUUACUCUCCCAAUCAGAAGCUAUUGGCUGUGUCUUUGCUGGACUGUACCGUGAAAAUUUUCUAUGUCGACACUUUGAAGUUUUUUCUCUCACUAUAUGGACACAAACUGCCUGUUAUAUGCAUGGACAUCUCUUAUGAUGGAGCACUAAUAGCAACUGGCUCUGCUGAUAGGAAUGUGAAAAUCUGGGGUUUGGACUUUGGGGACUGCCACAAGUCUCUGUUUGCACAUGAUGAUAGUGUAAUGUACUUACAGUUUGUACCUAAGUCUCACCUCUUCUUCACCGCUGGGAAAGACCGUAAGAUUAAGCAGUGGGAUGCAGACAAAUUUGAACACAUACAAACUUUGGAGGGGCACCACCAGGAAAUAUGGUGUUUGGCUAUAAGCCCCAAUGGAGACUAUGUUGUAUCAUCAUCCCAUGACAAAUCUCUGAGACUUUGGGAGAGAACAAGGGAGCCUCUUAUUCUUGAGGAAGAAAGGGAGAUGCAAAGGGAAGCAGAAUAUGAGGAGAGUGUGGCCAAAGAGGAUCAACCAGCAGUUCCAGGGGAGACUCAAGGUGACAGCUACUUUACUGGAAAGAAAACUAUUGAAACAGUCAAAGCAGCUGAGAGGAUCAUGGAGGCUAUUGAGCUAUACCGAGAAGAAACUACAAAAUUGAAAGAACACAAAGCCAUUUGUAAAGCUGCAGGGAAAGAGGUUCCUCUUCCUGUCAACCCCAUCCUGAUGGCGUAUGGCAAUAUCUCACCUUCAUCUUAUGUAUUAGAAAUUUUUAAAGGAAUCAAGUCAAGUGAGCUGGAAGAAUCUCUCCUUGUGCUGCCUUUCUCUUAUGUCCCAGACAUUCUCAAGCUGUUUAAUGAAUUCAUCCAGCUGGGCUCUGAUGUUGAACUUCUAUGUAGGUGCCUCUUCUUUCUCCUCAGGAUUCACUUUGGACAGAUCACUAGCAACCAAAUGCUUGUGCCAGUGAUAGAAAAAUUAAAGGAAACAACUAUUUCAAAAGUCAGUCAAGUCCGGGAUGUUAUCGGCUUCAAUAUGGCAGGUCUUGACUAUCUCAAGAGGGAAUGUGAGGCAAAAAGUGAAGUUAUGUUUUUUGCUGAUGCUACUAGCCACUUGGAAGAGAAGAAGAGGAAAAGGAAAAAGAAGGAAAAGCUAAUUUUAACAUUGACUUAAAACUGAAAAGUAGUGCCUUUUUCUACUUUUUUCUUAAAAGGACUUCGAAACGAAGCAACGGCAGAGUUAGCAUAAUCUUAAAAAUACCAAAUAAUAAGAUCAUGUUGCAGAUGAUCUCAGGAUGUGGUUCCCAGCUUUUCCUGAGGGAAUUUCAACAUGGGACUAUGGGCUGGCUCCAUUUCUUGGACUUAAAAGCAUGAUCAGGUUUAAAAUCUUUCUGUGCUCUAAAAGGUCAAGUCCUGCAGGAGUUUUUCCCAUUAUGUUCUAGCAGGGAGCAAAGCAUUGUUUAAAUUAGGUAUUUUUCUGGAGUUGAAAUUAAAAUUUCAAAAUUUUUUAUAUUUUUAUGGGCAGAUGAUUUGUUGUUUGAUUUGUUACUUCUAUAUAUUAGGUUUUAUCUCCUGAUGAGACAAUCAGGUGCGUAAUUGAUGGCCCUCUGCCCACAAAUGCUGUGUCAUGGACCUGAAAAGGACCAUAAAAAUGAUGUACAACAGCCACCUUAAACUUAACUGCUUGCUGGUUGUUUUAUCUGUAUAUAGGAAGAUCCUAAUUGCUAACUGUUUAUACUUUUAAAAAUAAAAUAGUUUCUAAUUAUGGCUGAUCAGUACGGGGAUCUGAACCUGUGACCUUGGUAUUAUGAGGCUGCACUUUAACCAACUGAGCUACCCAGCCAGCCCCUUAAAUAGUUUCUAAUUAUGGAGUAGUCAAGCUAAGGUGCCUUGCUGGACUUCUGAGUAAUUAAUAUACUAUGUAUGUGUGUAAAUAUAGUUAUAUAUAUGUCUACAUGGUAGGGACAUGGAGAAGGGAAUGUUAUAGGAAAAGAGAUUGAUAUAGAUAGCUCUGGGCCUGGGCUUUUCUUUGUGGGCAGUUUUUAAAUUAGUAAUUCAAACUCCUUGUUACAGGUUUAUUCAGAGACAGUUUUGGUUUUUAUCUUUCUGUGAGUUUGUACAUUUCAUCUAAGUUACUGUGUUGUGGUGCUACCAUUUUCUUCCCAGGCUCAGAACUGCAUUCUUGUGGCUUGGUGAUUUGUGUCUCAAACCCCGAUUCUGUUAAUGUUCCUAAGCAUAAUGCAAUCGACUGAAGUGAGGUGUGGAAUACAGUGGUUUUAUUUGUUGGGCAGAAUAAAAAUAGUGAAUUUUGGCAUAGAAUGCCUGAUCGCUUAACUAUGAAAAGGCAAGAAUAUAGACAGUUAUGAUGCAUUCUAGGUACUUUACAAGGAGACAGUCUUUUGUUUAGGCAGCUAUUCCUGCCACCAGGAAGAGAAGUUAGUUAAUUUUUGAAAACUGUCUUAAUUCUUUAUGAGAGCAGAGGCUGAACGAGAGCAGAGGCUGAAUUUAUAUUCUGUUUGUGCUUCUUAGAAUUGUUGGUCAAAACAUAAAGAAAUUGCAGCAUUACCAUUAACAUUUUUGAUGGUUUCCAAACCAAAACAAGUUCCAGGAGGGCACUCUAGAUGUAUUUAUCAUUAGCAAUUGGUCUUAUGUCAAAAAGUGCUGUUUUCCCAUAGCUUUGUCACCAUUUACAAUUGAUCAGCCUGACCGUACUAGAGAAUGUAAAGGUGUUUCUAAGUGUUAAAUUAAUCAGAGAGAAGGGGAACUUGUGAUAAAGUGAUAUGUACAAUCAGUAGCUGAGUUAUAACAUUUGCUUAAAAUACUUGAAACUCCUUAACCUUAGAGGUCAGCAGGUGUAUUAAAAAGUGAAUUUUAAACCAAGCAGAUUUCUAGUCAUUAAGUCAGCAUUUAUUGGCUUAGUCAGUCAUUGGCUAUAUAUAGUUCAUAAUAAAGAAACCAUUUAAUGAAUAAUAUCUCUUGCAAAUGAUGCAGUAAGUUACCUGUAGAAAGCCUGUAAUGCCAUAAAGAAAAGCCUUAUGAAUGGUUUAUUAGAAGUAUAACACCUAAGCUUGUUUUUAAAAAACCACCAUACAUUUAGAGAAGAAUGCUUAACAAUUUUUGAGAUUCCCUGGCUGGAAGUUAGGUGCUCUAUGUGGGUGGUAUUAAAUUGUUUCUCAGUGACAAGUGUCAUAAGUCGUUAUCUCAUCCCAAAGAAAUCUAGCAAAUCUCUAGCAGAGAAUCUAGGACACUGCCCAAGAAAAUGGGUAUCUGUCCCUAGGCACAAGACUAUAUCUAGGGUCCUACUCAUCCAUCCAUUAUAAUCGAUGAGCCUGCUCAACGUAGCCUUUUCAGGCCAGACGACCCAUAGAAGAGAGAGGGAGGUUGUAUAUAGGGGCUUAGGAAAAAGCCACCUGGGCUACAUACACUAUCCACGAUCUGCCGCCUUUCCUCACAAUUUAAAAUCCUAAGUUUGAGAUGGGACUAAGAUUCUUAAGGGUAAAAUCACCAUACAUUCCUAGUCAUUUCACUCUUUGUAAGGUUUUUUGGGAUACAAGCAGCCAUGAUGUGUUUUUAGAACAGCACACACGAUGUAACCAUCACUGGGCCCAGCCCUUUCAUAGGGCCUGGCAGUAGUUCCCCUUGUGUAAUCAAUCCCUUCCUCUUGCGUGUGGGUUGGCCUAGUGACUGGCUUCUAAUGAAUAGAAUACAACAGAUGUAUUAGAUAUCUCUUCCAAAAUUAGGUUAUAAAACACUGAAUUCUGCCUUGCUUACACACUCAGGCUCUUGCUUGCUUGCUUGAUCUGAUGAACCAAGCUGUUGUGUUGUUAGAUGCCCUAGAGAGAGGCUUACAUGGCAAGGAAGUGAGAGUGGUCUCCAGACAAUAGCCAGUGAGGAACUGAGGUCCUCAGUCUAACAGCCUGCAAGGAACUGAAUCCUGCCAAGAAGUAAGCUUGAAAGCAGAUUCAUCCCCAUUUGAGCCAUAGGACUCAACUAAGCUGUGCCUGAAUUCCUGACCCAUACAUAGAAACCGUGAGAUCAUAAGUGUUUGUUGUUUUAAGUCACUAAGUUCUGAGGUUGUUUAACCUAGUUGCUGAUUCCCCAUCCAUAGAAGGGGUAUAAUAGUGCCUACCCUCCUAGAGUUAUUGUUACGUACUUAAACACAAAAUGUUACUAUGGUAACUGCAUGUUUUUAAUCUUGUUAACUCUGUGAUAAUAUGCACAAAGAGGCUGAAUGACAAUGUUACUUCAGACAUUUCUAUUAGGUAGAUUCAUGAAAUUAGUUUUGAUAGAUUGGUACAAAUCUUUAUUUCAUAGUUUUCAGAAUUGUCCAGCUACAGAUGCAGACUUCACCAUUAAUCAGUUUGGGAUAACUUCUAAAAGUCAUAGACUAAAACUGAAAUAAACCAUGCUUGAAUUCAGUGGUUCCCAAAGUAUAGUCCAAGACUGCAGUUUUAAAAUAUGUACUAGGUUGAACAGUGUCUGAAAAUUCACGUCUACCUGGAUGCUGUGUAUGUGACCUUGUUUGGAAAUAGGGUCUUUACAAGUGUAAUUAAGUAAUUACAUUUAAAAUGUAAUUAAUGUUAAGAUGAAGUCAUACUAGAUUAGGGAGAGUGGGCCCUUAAAUCCAGUGACUGGUGUUCUUACAUGAAUGUCAUGUGAAGACAUGCAAGGAUGGAGGCCAUGUGACUUCAGGAAGAGAUUGGGAUUGGAGUGGCACAGCUACAAGCCAACGAAUACCAAGGAUUGCAGGCUACCACCAGAAGCUAGGAGAGGCACAGAACAGAUUCCUUCAGAGAAUCCAGAAGGAACCAACUAUGCCAACACCUUGGUUGCAGACCUCUGGCCUCCUGAACUGCAAGAGGAUAAACAUGUUUUAAACUACUCUGUGGUAAUUUGUUAUGGCAGCUCCAGGAACCUAAUACAAAUUUUGGUAUAUGAAAGUGGAGUGCUGCUAUCAUAAAUGCCUAAAAAUGUGGAAGUGUCAUUUGAGUUGGUUAAUGGGUAGAGGCUAGAAGAAUUUUGAACUUCAUGAUAAGAAAAAGAAAAAGAAAAAAAGUCUAGACUGCCUUGAAGAAACUUGGUAGAAAUACAGAUGUUAAAGGCAGUGCUGGUGAGGGCUAAGAAGCAAGUGAUGAGGACAGUAGCGAAAGCUUCUGUUAUCUCAGAGAAUUCAUGUAUUGUCAUGAACAGAAUGUUGGUAGAAGUAUGAACAUUAAAGGUGCUUUUGGUGAGGCCUCAGAACAAGUGAGGAACAUGUUGUUGGACAUGGGGGGAAGGUUUCCCACUGGGGGGAAGGUGAUCCUUGUUAUAAAGUGGCAGAAAACUUGGCCAAAUUCAGUGUUCUCCUCUUGGGUGGAAAGUAGAACUUUUAAACAAUGAACUUGAAUAUUUAGCUGAAAUUUCCAAGCAAAAUAUGGAAGGUAUGGCCUGGUUCCUUGCCUUGCUGCUUAUGGUAAAAUACAAGAAGAAAAAGGAAGAAACUAUUAAGCACAAAGGAACCAGAAUAUGAUUAUUUGGAAAGUUUACAACCUAUUCAUAUUCAUAUUGUAAAAGAUGCUAAGGCAUGCUCUGGAGAAAUCACCACGCAUGUGUCUGGAAAACCUGUUGGAGUGAUUAUGCAGGUGAUCAAGGAUCCAAUCAACCAUCUCAGCAGAAGCCAAGAAUAGAGACUAGGUAUAGAGGGUAUUCAAAAAGGGUCUCUGGAUAACCCUGUUGUCUAAUGGUGUGGUUCCCCUUGACUUUGACAGAUGACUGGCAGGUCUUUGACUGAAAGCUUGGACUGAAACAGGACAAAAUGAAGGAAAGCUGUCAGACUUAUGGAAUUCUAUAAGCAGGAAAUGGGCUAUUUAGGGGGUAGAACUGCUGAUGAGAGCAGAAGCUGAGGGCUGAGAGGACAGAGCCGAUGAAGCCUCUGAGGGCCUAGAGGCUGGGGUUGGUGGAGCCUCCCAGAUCACAGAAGGCAGAUGGAGCCAGGAGCCACAGAUGUUUAUUCUAAGUUCUUGAAACCUAAUGGAAUUUUCCUUGCUGUGUUGCAAACUUGCUUUAGACCAGUGAUGGCUUUAUUCCUUUCAUUUUUUCCCUUUGGGAAUGGGAAUAUCUAUCCUGUACUUGUUUCACCAUUUUAUUUUGGAAGCUGACAAAUUGUCUUCUAGUUUCAUAGAUCCAUAGAUGGAGAAGAGGCCAGAACGAAUCAUACCGAGAGUCUCAUCCAUGCCUGAUUUAGGUGAUUUAGAUUAUGAGAUUUGAAACUUUUUGAGUUAAUGUUGUUUAGAUGAAAUUUUGGAUUUAGAAUAAUGCUGGUUAAGACUUUUGGGGAUGUUGGGAUGGGGGAAUGUAUUUUGCAUGUGAGAAAAACAUGAAUUUUGAGGGAACAGAAGGCAGACUACUAGGUUUGUCCCUAUAAAAUUUAUGUCUGAUGGAACCUAUGAAUGUGACCUUGUUUGUAAAUAGGGUUUACAAUAUAAUCACAUGAAGAUGAGGUCACUCAGGACUGGGGUAGCACUAAAUCCAAUGAGUGAAUCUUUAUAAAGAGAGAGACACACACACACAGAAAUACAUAGGGAAGAAUGCCAUGUGAAGACAGAGAUUGGAGUGAUGCAGCAAUAAGUCAAGGAAUGACAAAGAUUGCUGGCAACCAACCACCAGAAGUUAGGAGACAGGCAUAGGAUAAAUUAUUCCUCAGAGCCUCCAGAAGUAAUCAACCCCACUGACACCUUGAUUUUGGAUCUCUGGCCUCCUGAACUGAAAUCCAACAGAAUAAAUAUCUGUUGUUUUAAGCCACCUGGUUUGUGGUAUUUUGUUAUGACAGCCCUAGCAAACUAAUACAAGAUGUUAUUUGCCUUUUUUUUUCAUGCUGUCAUAGGCAUAGGGUAGAAUUUCCAGAGGCUAUGUGAUGUGUGAUAUGGUAAAAGACGGAACACAGAGCAGAUGUGAGAAUCCACCUAUAUUCUAGUAAGCCAGACACUAAAAAGAGUUACAAAAAUGUAAAACAAUGAUACUAUUAUUAAAUUUUUGUUUUAGAAGAUAGUUAUUUUUUAUUACAAAUGUUGUUUAUGUUAAUA